UACACACAUAAAGAUUCCAAGCAAAAGCACCAACCUGUUUGCUGUGGUCCAAGAAGAAAGUUUUCUAAUUUUUCUGCUUCACCCUUUCUGCAUUGUCGGCUUGUCUUUAGAGAGCAUGGUUUGCUGUUAUGUCCUGUAAGACAGUUUUAAAAAGUCAAGGAAACUUUGGGGAAUUCCCUGGUAGCCUAGUGGUUGGGACGCUCUGCUUGGACUACAGGGGGCGCGAGUUCCAUCCGUGUUUCCGCGUGCCUGCGUGCUCAGUCGUUCGACUCUGCAGACCCCAUGGACUUAAGCCCGCCAGGCUCCUCUCUCCGUGGGAUUUUCCUGGCAAGAAUACUGGAGUGGGUUGCCAUGCCCUCUUCCAGGGGAUCUUCCCAACACAGGGGUCAAACCCGCAUCUCCUGCAUCUCUUGCAUUGGGAGGCGGAUUCUUUACCACUGAGCUACCUGGGAAGCCCAAGUUCCUGCACGCGUGCAUAAAUAAACUAGUCUCCUUAAAAGAAAAGAAAAGAAAAGAAAUGCAUGGAACCAGUCUAGAAGAUUAGACAAGAAUCUGAUAAACUGGAAUAUCCCCAGAGGAUAACUGGGUGGCUGAUGUUGACUGAAAUAAAAACGCACACCAUGAGAGCUGUGAGUUUUUGUUUUAUUGUGGGGUUUGCUGAGAGCGGCUAUAACCCAAGAGGUCUCAGGAAGAGUUGAGUGGAAGGUCUGCACGUGUGUGAUUUUGGAGAUUAUGUGUAAUCACGCAUCCCAGUGGAAAGUUGUUUCUGGUCACAAAGAGCAAAUACUGCAGUUAAUGAUUUUAGUGCUUUUCUAAGUGUGGGAAGAUGGACAAGAAUCCAGACUCAUAAAAUUUUUUUCCUGAAAACAUCUUCACUAUCUGAAGGCCUGUCCUGUCAGUUUUCCCAGAGCAGAGAGCGGCUCGUUUCUGAUCCUCCACGUGGAACUCUUUUCAGGGGGUGUUAAAGGUGGCACCUCCCCCCGCUAUGGCCGCGGGCGCCCUCCUGCCGUGCCCAGUGUCCCGGCUGGACUUCCUCAAGGCCUCGCACUUCGCGCUGGGGCCGGACCCGCGGCUGCACGCGGACGCCAAGCAGUCCACAUCGCACCGGGACUUUCCCGCCUACUCGAGCGCUAUCCGUGGGCCGCUGUGCCCGCCGCCGCCCUGCGCAUCCCUCUUCCAAAAGGAUGUGCGCUGGGCGGGCCAGGAGCGCCUGUCGGAGACGCGCUGCGCCUAUGAGCCCCCGCCACCUAUGCUGUUGAGGGAGCAGGAGCAGGAACUGGCGCGGGAGCGCACACUCGCCAUGCAAGCCAGUCACCUGCACGUGCACGCGGAAGCGCGCGCACGCACCGGCCUCUCCACAGCGCGCGGCGACUACGGCUGGCCAGAGCCGCCGGAGCGCGCUCGCGAACAGAUCCUCGGGGCGCGACUCAUCUUCGACCGCGACUCGCUGCCGUCGGGCGACCGAGCCAAGCUGCGCAUCCCGCCCACCACGUACCGGGAGUUCUUCCAGCUCCACGACCUUUGCCUGAAGCCCCGCGAGCCUGCCUGCCGCUUCUGUGGGCCCAGUCCCCUCCAGUGGGAACACAAGAGACAGGAUGACAGCACCUCCUACCAGAGGCACUUCCAGGCCCUGCCAGGCCCACCUGCCUUGCCGUGUAAGAGGGCCUCCUCCAGCAUAGAACUGGGAGACUUCAAGAUUGGCUACAGGCCCAUGUGCACGGAGCAGAAACAAGCCUACGGGCCUCCGGAUCUGCCCCCGGACAGGUAUGACAAGGCCCAGGCCUCAGCCCACAUCCACUGUGUGAACAUCCGUCCUGGGGAUGGCCUCUUCCACGACAGGACCACCAAGGGGGAACACUUCUAUGCCCGGGAGCCAGAACCUUUCCUUCUUCACCACAACCAGACUCCUGAGUCACACAUCCUGGAAGGAAAUGGGUGUCCCGGUCCGGGGAGCCUCACCACCUCCACACACUUCUUCUACCGUCAGCCCCUGCGAACGAGCGAGCCAGCCAGCCGCCACGUGCCUCAUGAGACAUUGCAGAGUCACAUAACCCUAGGGGAGCCGUCGCUGCUCGGACAGUUCUUCCAGACCUCCAUGGGCACGGACUACUUACCCUUUGGGAUGCCAAAGCCGCCAAAAGCGCCCAACCUCCACCUGCAGCGCAGCAACCUGCCAGAGGGCACCGGGGACCUAGAUUUUUUAACCAUGAACCAGAAGAUGCUGAAGCCACAUGGAAUAGCUCCAGCCGCUGUGACAGAGGAGCUGCUACAGCGGGGUGGCCUGGGUGGGCCAGCCACGCUCCAGGCUGCCCUGCCAGGCUCCCCCACCCUGACUCCACAGUGCAAGUAUAGCCACUUGGAGCCCCCACUGGGUCAACAGCGCUUCUUCUCAACCCUAAACAAGGAUGAAUUUACCUUCAAGUACCAGGGCCCAGCAGUGCUAAGACGGGACAACUUCCAGGAGAGUCACUUGCCCCUGGGCUCUCUUCAUCAGUGGGGCUGUAGGGCUCGGAAAGUGGACCCUCGGGCCCCCCAGACCCCUGUCUACCCAUGCCCUAGCCAGCAAUAAACAGUGCUUUGGCAACCCA